UAACUAAACUUCGCCUCGGCAAUAAAUUGCUUGAGAUUUUAACGCUUUGUGAAUCGUUUUAAACGAGCACCUAAAGUGCAAGUUAGCUUGGAUUCAAUUUUACGUUUGAUACCGUCCUACCUGCUUGCAAAAAUUGCGUGGAUGCAAGGAAACUUUGGGAUGACGGUGAAUGACCAGUAGUCAUUGAGGAACUACAAGCAGUACGUUCCAAGAUGUCUUGGGAUGAGUUUUCGGUCCUUUACACUCAUCAGAAGACCAAAAAAGCCAAGACUUGGCAGGAUGGCUCUUUGAAGAUUAUAGGAACUAAGGCAAUACUUUAUGACGAGGAGUCCAAAACUCUGGAUUCUCUUUUUGUACAAGUAGCACAGGUGAAUCCUGGAGCAGAGUUGGAAAGUGACCGAUACCUGAUAACUGUAGAAGAAAAACUGCAGCAUUCAGUUGACAGCAGCCAGGAAGCUGCUAAAAAAUUUCAGGAAGAGAGACAAGAGUCGAACAGUGUUGUCCACCAACCAGGCAAGAGGAAAAGACAGAGUUUCCAGCCACCAUUUGGUAAUCAAACCAAUCAAUCUCGUCCUACUGAGCCAGACAUGAAAAAGCCAAGAGAGGAAAAUCCAAUCCCGCGUCAUAAUAGGUUCACCAUGAACAGACCUCCAAGUAAAACGGAAUUUUUCAACAUAUACAGUUCUAAUUCAAACAAACGAGAACAACAUCUACAAACCAUCCAAAGAGAAGAACGUCAGCAUGGGAUGCAAACAGUUCUUCAGGCGUCAAACAAAGAACAAAAAUCUUUCUUAGGGACAGAGGAACAACACGAUCAAAGAGUUCCUACCAAUAUGGCAGCUCGGAGACAACGGACUGGAAAAGAGAAUUCACGCAUCUUCAGAGGAACCUCAAGUGGUAAACUUCACUUACAAACUCAAAAUGAGCGCGGUCGGGACAGCAAACGAAAUGCUACCCAGAUUCUCGCCCUCUUUUCAUCCUGUAAGGAUAUCCCUCCACCAAAAAUGCCGUUCCGUAAAGAAAACGCACAGACGAAUGAUGUAAAUAUUGUGAGGGGUAUUAUACUUAGCGAGCGGAAUGAUGGUAAAGGUGAUGCGAUACCUGAUAUGGACGAUUUAGAAAACUAUUCCCAGCCAAAAAGAAUUUCUACCUUUUCAGAUGUGCCGCAGGCAAAAUUAGACAAUGAUUCUUCCGAGGGAGAAUUGGGAUGGAACCAAGAUUUUAGUGACUCGUUUGAUUUGUCGCCAGAUUCUUUCGCGGCUUGUUCGGAUGAGAGGAAAGCGGGAGCUGCUGUCAGUGAUCUCUUUGAUUUUAAUGGAGGAGUUACAAGCUGCGAAACUGGCUCACAAGAGCCUGUGUCGAGCAAACAACAUUGUGCUUCAGUAAGGAGAACUGAGUUUUGGUGUGAGAAUGAUUCUGAGUCCAUCUCACCCGUUGUGAGACUCCUCAAUGAUGGAGAAAGAGAUGUCAUGGGAGAUGAAUACUGCACUGCCGUUGGUUUGAAAGGAAGAAGCGCUGAGUAUUGUGACUUGUUAGGGGAGGAACAUCAAGAGAACUGUGGAAAUUUACAGAGCCCUAAUGAAGCUGCCAUACUCAAUCCGUGUUCUGUAUUACACUCGUCCCAAUCUCCAAGUCUCUUUUCAACCUGUCCAUCAGAUCCUCACGAGUCUGGAGACGAGAAGAUGGAUACUUCAAAUUGUGCUGAAGGAAGAUUGAAUUUUCUGAAGGGCAUCCACCAAAGACACGGUCUUUUAGAAGAGAAGUCUUCUUCAGAAAGACGUUCGCAUAAUUCAGGACUUGGUAUGAACUCAAAUCAAUUUUCCAACCAUCCUGGGUCUUUGUUUGCAUAUGCUGCUCUGCAAACUGAUCAAGACGACAACCUCACAAUUCCAUCCUUCUCAAACUUACACAAAAGGGAGAUAUUACGGCCUGUGGAGCGAUGCAACCAGAUAUUCGAACAAAAAGUUAUAGGUGAUCGAGAGGAGAAUUUCAUGGAGCGCCUUGAGGCAUCACCCGAAUUCUACCCAGCAGAAAUUAUGAAAACGAAUGACUGGAACCUUGCACCUGAAGCGCCAACUAAAAUUAUUCUUAACAAUAGCCGAACGGUCACUGGAGGAGAUGGUCACUCGUGGAAAGGUUCAGUGGUAAGCAACACUGCAAAGAGAGUGUCAAUGAUGUCGGUGCAAAGACAAGAUCUCUACAAUCAGCCAAGAAAUGGGGAGAAAAGAGCUUCUACUUCAGAUUUCAACUGGAUUGACUCGAUUCCGUCUGUUGACCCAGUGCCUCGACUGAUUACUCAAGGAUUUGACACAAGUGAAAGUAUUGCAUUGUCUUCCAUGGAGGGAUUUGUAGGGAUCACUCCGAAACUACAAAAAUUACCUGAAUCUAUUCAACGUGUUCCUCAACUGCCAAGACGAAAAUGUCCAUUUAUUACCAUGCCGCCUAGUGAUCACAGUCCGCCGCGGACAGUUUUUCCAAGCACGAAUGAAUACCUUCAUACAAUGACUGAGCCAAUUUUAACGGAACUUCCUGAAGUUUGUCGCCAAACAACUAAACCAGGUGGUACACGCGGACAAGCACCACACCAGGGGGGAAAAGGGCAACCGGACGAUAUGAACUUGGAAAACUUUCCCGAGAAAAGACGAGAUACAACGCAUUCUGUAAAACUUGGCUCUUGUCGACGUAUAGGUUUAAGGAGGGUGGGGUUAGGAUCUUCAUGUGACACCUCAGGUGGUCAAGAUUUGUUGUCUCAGGCAAGAACACCACCAAGUCAGACUAAGGAGCGAUUCAGACCUCCUACUACACCAGUUUUUAUUGCUAAAAGUUCAUCUGGAGACCGCAACAUGGCUGGGGAAUUGUCUUUUCCAUCAUCCGAACAUUGUAAUGGUAGUGUCACGCCGACUCGACAUGUGACUGUCCCUGUUACAUUCGACAAUGUCACGCAGUAUAAGCAAGUCUUCAAAGCGGCUUUGAGAGAGCACCUGAACAUAGUUUUGUUUGAGCUGGCCCGAACUUACCACACCGCUCUUCAGAAGAUUGAUAUAUCAGGAUAUGACACCGCUCAGCAAGGAAGUCGAGAAAACUCAGAUGGUCCCAGUUGUCAUCAUGGCCAAGCACGUUUGAGAGCUGUAAAGAAAGACGGUCCAAAUAAGGGGCGUCUAUUUUACACCUGCCCAGGAACAGGACAAGCACAGUGCAAGUUUUUUAAGUGGGCCGACGAAUACCAAUCCAGCAAGUCAGCAUCAGAGGGAACGGACCGAAGGUCUUCAAAUAAGAUCAUACUGUCAUCCGCUGACAGCUUAAUGUCUUUCUUCAGAAGUCAUAAUGUUGCGUUUUAUGGUGAGUGCCAUCUAUUAAGGAAACAAUCAGAUGCUGGGAAAGGAAGAUUUGGCGCAGCAAAGGCUAAGAAAUGGGGAAGGCUAAAAUGCGAUGAAGCUACUGCUGGGAAGAAAAAGCUCUAUCUGGAACUCUCGCGAAAAGAUCAUUCUUCUACUUAUUCAAAAGAUGACAUCUGGAUCAUUUCAAAGACUUUGUCUUUUAAUCCAGAUUCGACAUUUAUAGCGAGCAGUGUUUAUUAUGGACCAUCGUCCGGCGGAGAGCUAGAAUUAUCACCAAUCAGUGGAUAUUCUCCCUCAAACUGGCAAAGUGGAGAGACCGUGCAUGCCUUGAUGGCCUGCAAUGCUGGUACAGAACUGACUUGUAUUAGUAACAUUGACGAACAUGUCAAGAUGCAGAACAUGCCAGUGUUACCGUACCUUCUGCAAAGAGGACUGACGGGGCAACCAAGCAUCAGAUGCGCCUCAAGAGCAGCUUCUUUUGUUCCGCCAAUUCGUACAGGUUCCAGUGGUCCACUCAACCUUCCUCGUGAAGUAACGGAAAGCAUUGCUGAAGAAAUGAUAGCUCGUUUUGGCUUGAACAAGGAUCAAGCCGCCGCUCUGCUGUCCUGUGCACUUAUGUUCUCAUCGGAAUCGGAAAGGUCUUCAGCACCAGUCUGUUUAAUACAUGGUGUUUUUGGAGCGGGAAAAAGUUUUCUGCUUGCAGUCGUGGUUCUCUACCUGGUGGAAUUGUUCAAAGCCAACGAUUCUUUCAAUCAACAAAGUGACAACGUGUCAUCAUGGAAGAUUUUGGUAUCCUCCACAACAAAUGUAGCAGUGGAUCGCAUCUUGUUAGGAUUACUUGACCUUGGCUUUGAAGAGUUCGUUCGUGUGGGAAGCAUUAGAAAGAUCGCUAAGCCAGUGUUGCCGUACAGUGUGCAUAGUACAGGAAGUGAUAGCCAAGAGUUAAAAGAACUACAGUCACUUCUGAAGACUGAGCUUACCCCGUCGGAAAGAACCCACGUGAGGAAAGGUAUUGAACAACACAAGCUGGGAGAAAAUAAACGAAAAUUAUCUCAGGUGCCAGUGGUCGGAGUAACCUGCGCCGCCUGUGUGUUUCCUUGUUUAGACAAGUUAAAGUUUCCGGUUUUGCUUCUAGACGAGUGCAGUCAGAUGACAGAGCCGGCGUCUCUUCUCCCAAUGGCUAGAUUUGAAUGCCAAAAGCUUGUCCUGGUCGGGGAUCCAAAACAACUUAGUCCAACGAUUCAGGGCUCCGAGCCUGACCAUGAGGUUGGACUUGAACAAACUUUGUUUGAUCGACUGAUCAAGAUGGGUUAUGAGCCUACUCUGCUGAGAACACAGUACCGUUGUCAUCCAACGAUCAGUGCGAUAUCCAACAUAUUGUUUUAUGGGAAGAAGCUUCUUGACGGGGUAACAUCCGAAGAUCGUUCCCCAAUAGUGGAAGUUGUUCCAACCCUUUGCUUCUAUAACGUGGCAAGAGGAAAAGAGAAAUGUGGACGAGAUGGAAGUUACUACAACGACGAAGAGGCGAAAUUUGUUGUCUUUCUUAUUGAACGCCUCCUGGAGUCUGGUGUGGAACCGGCACAAAUUGGAGUAAUAACGUUGUACAAGUCCCAACUGAACACAAUAUCCAACCAUUUGACAGCUUCCAGAGCCACUUCCAACGCCGAACUCAAAUCUAUUCAGCAGAUAUCAACAGUCGACGCAUUCCAGGGCGGUGAAAAGGACUUGAUCAUUUUGUCGUGCGUGCGCACGGAUCACAUUGGGUUCAUUGAUUGUGACAGACGUACUAAUGUUGCAUUAACGAGAGCUAAGAGGCAUCUCCUUAUCGUCGGUAAUCUUAAGAUGCUGUCCUGUAACAACGUUUGGGGAAAAGUUAUAGAGCACUGUCGUGGUAAGAGUCGGUACAUUCUUUUAUAA